AUGGAUCAAUGCAUAGAUGAUGAAUCUAUUUUUGAUGAUGCAUUCAAUUCGAACAUAAAGUUCGAAAAAUGUAAUGGUACCGAAGUAAAGGUGAAUGGUAAAAAUAUACCCGAAGCAAUUAAAACUUUUACAUUAAUUGAGGAUAUACCAGAAAUAUUAUUAAGAAAUAUUAAAAAGAAAAAAUUUACACGACCUACUCCAAUUCAAAAAUAUUCUAUUCCAAUCAUUUUAUCUGGUAGAGAUUUGAUGGCCACUGCACAAACUGGUUCAGGAAAAACGAUUGCUUUUGUCAUACCAAUCAUACAAAAAUUGAUCAUGGACCCAGUAACAUUAGUAAAAGAUAGAAAUCAUUGUGAACCCCAAGUAAUCAUAAUAGUACCUACGAGAGAAUUGGCUGUUCAAAUGAAAAUUACUAUAUCAAGAUUAACAAGGAAUACAGGAAUUUUUUCGUUUGCUUGUUAUGGUGGUAUUAAAGUCUCUUAUCAAAAAGAUCAAAUUCUUAGAGGUUGUCACAUACUUGUAGCCACGAUUGGUAGAUUAAAGUCGUUUGUUCAGCAUGGGGUCAUAACAUUUUCUUCAGUGAGAAUUUUUGUUUUGAAUGAAGUUGAUAGGAUGUUAUAUGACGACAUGAAAUCAGAGAUUGAUUGUAUUUUAAAUCAUUUUUCAAUGCCACCUGUCAUGAAUAGACAGACAAUUAUGAUGUCAGCAACUUUACCAGAAAAGACUCGGCAUUUGGCACAAUUUUAUUUAAAGAAAGAUUAUUUAUUAUUGACAGUUGGUAUUGUUAGUAGCACUUCAAUGAAUAUAAAACAAACCUUUUACAUGGUUAAUAAAUUUGAAAAACGUAACAUGUUAACUGAAAUUUUGAAAAAAGAUUCAGCAGGAACUAUAGUAUUUGUAAAACGUAAAUGGGUAGUAGACUAUCUUGUCACAUACCUAAAUAAAAAUAAUAUACCAUCAGUACCUUUACAUAGUAAUCAUUUACAACAUCACAGAAAAAUUGCAUUAAAUAAUUUUCAUGACAAAAAGACGAAUGUACUUGUGGCCACAGAUUUAGCUUCAAGAGGUUUAGAUUUUAAAUGUGUGAACCAUGUAAUUAAUUUUGAUAUGCCACCAAAAAUUGAAGAGUAUGUACAAAGAAUUGGACGUAAAGGUAAACCGGCAACUCAAGCAAUUUCUACUUCUUUCUUUGAUCCUAAUGAAGAUUAUUCAUUGGUAGUACCGCUUAUAAAAACUCUAGCAUUGGCAAAUCAAGAAAUACCGGAUUGGUUAGUAAAACUAAGACAGGAUGCCAAAUGUAAUGAUGCUAAUAAUGUUUUAGAUCAAUUUGUAGGCUUAGAUAUAAGACAUGUAAACAAUUCAAAUGAUGACUGCGAAGAAUGGUAA